UAAGCUGAGUUAUUGCAUGAAUCAAAGCUUAUGUGAUCAUGAAAUAUACGUUUUAUAUUAUUAUCAUUACAGACGAAGUGAAUAGACUGUGUUUCAAAAUAUUUUGCUAAAACGCGCUCAAAACACUUCAAAUGUAAACAAACAUUUGUAAAGUUCAGCAAUGGAGGACCAAAUUAAAUCUCAAGUCCGUAACUCGUUCACAAAGUUGAAAAAUGCCAUUGAUUUACGCGAGAAGCUGCUUUUGAGACAAUUGGAUGCUUUUAUGAAAUUUUCACAAAAAACUGAUCUUUCUGAAGUUAAUUUCAUGACAGCUAAUGAGGAAGAUAUCUUGGAUGUACUUAGACAAUAUGGAUCAUAUCAAAAUAUAGAAAGUUUCCUUCCAUUUUUGGAGAAUGACGAUGAAGAUGACGAGAAUUGCAAAGAUGUUAAAUGUCUUACAACUUGUAAUUUUUUAGACAACAAAUUAUUAUCAGAAUCGAUAAUUAAUCUAACAGUUAAAGAGUCUCAUGAUCUCAUAUCUAAAUCCAGUGACUUAAAGAUGAAAACUGAUGAUUUGGUCUCGCAAGUCCAACAAAAGUUGAAAAUCAUACUUCCAACAACAAAGCAAAGUGAUAUCGAUAAAACUAAUAAUCACAAAGAAGUUAAGGAUAUAAAAUCGAUCAAACAAAAGGAUGUGAAGGUCAAAGAGAGUGAACCAAAGUUAAAGAGAAAUAGCGGAGCUAGUUCAUCAAAGAAAAAAGUAUUGAAGAAUAUAAGCAACUUGACGUUGAACAGUUGUGGAUCAGGAAAUAUUAUUAUAAAGAAUAUAUCUAAUCUGACUAUAAAUACAUGCAAAACAGAAUCUGAAAAUGAGGCUCGAAUCUGUAAAGAUACGAAAAAUUGUGAGAUUUUCUAUCCACAAUGUGAUUUCUAUGAAAAAUUGAUAUCAGAAAAUGAGGCAUUAAAGAAAACGAUUGUCCAACAAAGUGUUAAUUGCACUACAUAUCCAGAUCCAAUAACAGCUGUCUGUAUGUCACCAAAGAUUGAAGAUAUUAAGAAUGAUGGAACAUAUUCAAUAAAUUCAGUCUCAAAUGAGACAAGUGCUUCGUCAUUAAUUGAUGAGGCUGAAGAUGGAUAUCCAGCUAUUACUAAAGUCGAAAAAACAAGAAAAUCAGAAAUUGGCUAUGUUGAAGGCGAAUCACCAAUAGAAGAAGUCUCAACCAGAACAAUGCAUUUGGCUGAAAACUUUAUUGGAACUACAACAUCUCCUAUCAUUCAAUGCUGGCUUAACAAAAUGUGCUUAGAAACGGAACUAGAAAAUAACAUUGAAAUUCUCGAAUUCAGUAAUAUUGUCUCUUAAUUGUGAUGUCCAUUAAUCUCUUUCCAUUAAUUAUUUUGAUCAGCUCUAGAUAUUUUGAAUUUAAUGUGACUUUAAACUUAAUUUUUAAUUCUCAAAACAAUUCAUUGAUGUUAAGCUUUUAACUGUUAGUCUGAAUGCCAUUUUUAGCCAUAAGUUAAUUCACAUUUUAAAAUAUGCUUUGUACUUAGUUUCAUCUUGAGCAGUACAAGGAUUGAGUCAAUAGAACAAAAUAUUGAAAUUGCUGCGACACUUACAAGAAGUAAACUUAAUUGAUAGUAAGCACUUGUUUAUUUUCACAUUCGAAUCUCAAUUGACCAAAACAAAAUACAUGCAUAUAGAUUGUAACUUAUCACGAAACAUUAAUAAAUUAUUAA